AUGCGUCCAAAGUGUCAAACAAAACCUCACUCUGGUGCACAAAAGGCUGACAAGACAGAAAAUUUGAAUGAUGAGGAAGACUCAGAGAGUGAAUCUCCUUGCAGUUUUGUACCUAGAGAAUCAAUAGAGGUAAUUUCUUGUUGCAUCACACCUGAAAGUUCUUCCUGUCAUCUGGAGUGUUCCCCAGUUGCAGAUUCAGUUGAGGUUGAGGCAGCAGGUUCAGGCCAACCAAAUGUUGAUCCCCUGGAAGAGAAACAGCAUGAAGUUAGUGAGGCAAAUGAACAAAUAUGUGAUGAAAUGAGCGAGAACUUACCUGUGAGGGAUGGAGAGGAAUCCGAGAGUGUAGAGGUUGAUCUUGCAGAAUGUAGAGCUGACAACACUGUAAUAGUCUCUGGGGAGGUUGGUUGUGAUACCUCUGAGUUUGUUAAUGGGUCUCCUGAGACACUGGAUAAUGUAGUUGUGAAUCCAGUUGAAGAACUGAGGGUUGUUCAGGAUGAGGAGGACAAUCCUACACCUGAGAUGAUACCUGAAGAUGGUUCAAGUGAAGGGAUGCCAGAAGAUGAAAACCCACGAUGUGAGGGUGUAAGAUGCUCUGCAAGGCAGAUCAAACCCCCAAAGAAAUUUCACUAUCCUCAUUUAGGGAAUCCUUUGAUUUCUGUGGUUCAGUCUUUGUUACAAGGACUAAGUACUGCUUUUGCUCAGUCUGAGGAAAAUUCAGAUUUAUUUUGGAAUAAAUGUGUCAUGGUACCGGGUGACAGGCAGAUGUUGAAUGAAUCCUGUGGAAUAACAGAGGAGGAGUUGAAAGAGCUUCAGGAAAUAAUAUCUCAUCAAGAUAUUCAGACAGCAAAAAACACAAUAAAAGAAUACCUCAAACAGCAAGAUCGAGUUGAGCUAAACAUUGGUGUGACUGGGGAGUCUGGUUCUGGAAAGUCCACAUUUGUUAAUGCUUUCAGGGGUUUAGGAGAUGAAGACGAGGGCUCUGCCAAAAUAGAUGUAGUUGAGACCACAAUAAAACCCGAGGUUUACCCUCACCCAAAUUACGACAAUGUGAAAGUGUGGGAUCUUCCUGGCAUUGGAACACAGAAUUUCAAAGCUGAUGAAUAUUCUAAACUGGUUCAGUUUGAACGCUAUGAUUUUUUCAUCAUCAUUGCUGCAGAUCGGUUCAGAGAAUGCCACACUCAGCUGGUCGAAGAGAUCAAGAAGAUGGGGAAAAAGUUUUAUUUUGUUCGUUCUCAGAUUGAUAAUAGCAUUCGGGCUGAAAAGAGGAAAAAAAUCUUUGAUGAGAAAAAGACAUUGGAUAAAAUCCGAGAGGACUGUGAAAAUGGUCUGAGAAAGAUCGGUAUAGAUGAUCCUGUCAUGUUCCUGAUCUCUGGCUGGGAGCUCAACAAGUAUGACAUAAAUCUGCUGCAAGAAAGAAUGGAGAAAGACCUUCCACAGCAUAAAAAGCAUGUGCUGAUGUUGGCUUUGCCAAAUAUCACACUAAAAAUUAAUGAGAAAAAGAAGGAAGUUCUAGAAAAAAACAUUAAAAGAGUAGCCUUCCUGUCUGCUUGUGUGGCGGCUGUUCCAAUUCCCUGUCUUUCGCUGACUGUGGAUUUAGCUAUCAUAGCAUUUGAGAUAGAUAGAUACUGCAAAGCCUUUGGUCUUGAUAGGAAAUCUCUGCAGCAGCUCUGUGAAAGGUCAGGGAAGACCUUAGAGACUCUAGAGAGUCUGUUGGAAUCUGUUUGGCAUAAAGGAAUAUGCACAAGUUCUCUCUCAGUAUUACUGAAUGAGUCAACCCUUCUGGUAACAGAAGAGGCUGUUGAGUCUGUUCUUAGGGUUGUGCCUGUUUUAGGCUCUGUAGGGGCAGGAGCACUGUCCUUUUGGACUUUGUCAAGGAUGCUGAAGAAUGCUCUGAAUGACAUAGCAGAAGAUGCCAGGAAUGUGCUAAUGGCUGUACUGGAUACUGAAGUAUAA